AUGCGAACUCGAUCGAGUCGGUCAACUGAAGACUUGGUCGAGCUAGACAUUACAACGGGUAGAAAGAGGGUUCAGAGGUCACAGAGGGUACAAGAGGAACCUGAGGUGCUUGUUGCUGAUACAAUGGAUGUACCAGAGGGGAAUGGAAACCCUUUGGGUAAUGGACUCGGUCGAGCUAGGCAAACUCGACCGAUUGGUCAAGGAGAUGCUCCAAACCGCCACCAACAGAGACAAGGGAUUGUUCCACCACCAGUGCAGAACCACAACUUUGAGAUCAAGCUGGGAAUGAUCAACCUUGUCCAGAACAAGAUGUUCCAUGGAUUGCCAAGUGAAGACCCCAUUGACCACCUUGAUGAGUUUGAUAGGCUUUGUGAUUUGACAAAGAUCAAUGGUGUCUCUGAAGAUGCCAUCAAGCUGAGACUCUUUCCUAUGUCUCUAGCUGACAAAGCUCACCAAUGGGAGAAGAGCUUGCCCCAUGGCACAAUCACUACUUGGGAUGAAUGCAAGAAGGCCUUUCUUGCUAAGUUUUUCUCCACCGGUCGCACAGCCAAGCUUAGAGGAGAGAUAUCCAGCUUCAUCCAGCGAAACAAUGAGACAUUCGCAGAGGCUUGGGAGAGGUAUAGGGAGAUGCUAGACACAGCUAGCAAUGGGAACUUCCUCAACCAGGAUGUAGAUGAUGGCUGGCAGCUUGUGGAGAACAUAGCUAACUCAAAUGGAAGCUAUGGAGAAGAGUAUGAUCGCACCAACCGGAGCUCGACCCACCACUCGAUCGAGUCAGACGAAAAGUUGAGAAAAGAUGUUAAGGCAUUGAAUGAGAAGUUGGAUAAGCUGAUCCUAGCUCAGUCCACAAUGAAGAAAGUCAACUUUGUGUCUGCUGAGGAGAUGGAACCAGUCCAAGAAGGGGAGGAUACACAAUUGCUGAGGUGUGCUACAUGA